UCAACGUGCUGUAACUUACUCCGUACAUCGUUAAGGAGGACUGGAACUCCAGCACGAUCCAUUUUCUCAGCCCAGCGGCAAGCGCAACAGCUAAUUCCUCCUUCUCCCUCUUCACUGGGCAAGCCGAGUCAUGUUGGCGUGAAACACUAAGCCUCCCACGUUCCUCCUAUUCUUCGAGUCAAUGGGGAUUUAAAGCGUGGUCCCUGUUUCAAGAAGCUCCGUCCGAUGUGGAUGAGCUACCCCAUUAGUACGGAGUAAACUGUUUCCGAGUGUUUCAUGUUAUGUUUCUUUUGAUGUGGUCCAGAUACAUCGAUGGCCGUAUCUUGUCACUGGCCCAUAACAUGCUGAUGUGGGACCUCUUACUUUCUCCCAACGGUCAAUGAUGGCGCCAACUGCUCGGGAUAUGUAUGUACGGAGUACAGGCAUCGUGGUUGGAGGGGGAAAUCCCCAUCCCAGGGUUUUUGACCACAAUCCUCCGAGGGCUUACCCAAACGACGUCUCUGAAAACUCCCAGGGCACCAAUUGGAUGUUCUGACUCCCGCUAUAGCCGUUUGUGAAUGCCAUUUCUUCGGCUUUUUUUUUACUCUUGAUACGGUUUAUGCCGUAUCGGAUCCAUUCAAAAACCCGUGAUGGCGGAUGUUUGCUCCAUCUACUGAUAUAUAAAGCUCCUAUUUCCGCUCAUCUUAGAGGUUUCAAUUUUUCGUUCCAAUUAACUGUGUUUACUUUCUUCGUUUUUUACCACACUCUUUUCACGCCCAGGUUGGCAUCUAGAUCUUCACAAGCCUCAUUGACUGAAGCUUUAAGUUCCUCUCUCACACCAUCUUUCGAUUCUUACUUGUUUUACGUCAAUCGUUUUACAUCUGCCCCAAGCACCCUCUUGACAUCAUGUCAAUCUUCAAACCUGCUGCCCUUAUUUGGGCUCUUGCGUCCCUCGCUCUUGUUGACGCCCAUGGAACGGUUACAGGAAUUCUUGCUGAUGGCAACUACAUUGGAGGCUACCUAAUUGGCAAGUACCCUUACAUACCAAACCCACCGGCCGUUGCCGGCUGGUCCACUACCGCAACCGACAAUGGAUUCGUGGAUGGAAGUUCAUAUACUAGCCCUAAUAUCAUUUGCCACCGUGACGCCCAGCCAGGAGCUGCAACUGCGGAAGUAUCUGCGGGGAGCACUAUUGAAUUGCAAUGGACGGAGUGGCCAGAAAGCCACCAUGGCCCCGUUCUUGACUACUUGGCCAACUGCAACGGGGACUGCUCAAAGGUUGACAAAACCUCCCUGGAAUUCUUUAAAAUCCAAGAAGCUGGCCUAGUCGACGGAAGCAAAACUCCGGGUAAAUGGGCAUCCGACGAUCUAAUUGCGAACAACAACACUUGGAGACUCACUAUUCCCUCGACCAUCGCCCCGGGAAAUUACGUUCUCCGACAUGAGAUCAUUGCCCUUCAUUCUGCACACGAAGAUAAUGGCGCCCAAAAUUACCCCCAAUGUUUCAAUCUGAAAAUCACAGGUAGUGGAACCGCCAACCCGCAGGGAAAACGUGCAACCACCCUCUACAAAUCGACCGACCCUGGUAUCAAAAUUAAUAUCUACAAUCCGUUGAACGGUUAUGAAAUCCCUGGUCCAGUCCUGUUCAAUGGCGGAGAGUCUGGAAAUGAUCAAGGCCCAGGUCCAAGCGAGCCUUCAGCCCCAGUUCCCAGUCCGUCAGCUUCCCCUACUGCCACGGCAGAUGUCACGCCAAUCACGCCAAUAGUCACACUAUCUCCCGAUGCGACUCCUAGCGUCCCGAGUAGUGCGCCUGCCAUACCCACAGUCACCGGACGGUGUUCAGCGCGGUACAAUAAACGAUUGCAAAGACCUCAUCCUCGCGAAUUUAACCGUCGUCGCUGACAGGUGUUUGCCGGAAUCUAAAUGUGUUUCGACGAUUUCCAUUCUUUUUACUAGCUGGAGUUUUGCCUUUCUGCAUAUAGCUAGAACUAUUUUCAUUAUGCUACCCUGUCUGAUUCAGGUCCGAUUCAGCCCUCAACUUCGUCUUAUAUCAUAGUGGAGUGUGGAACCAGACCCUAAUCCCCGUGUAAUCUGUAAGUAGAUGUAGUAGUUAUCGAAACGGGUGCUAGAGUAAUAACGGGAAUACGACAACGAGAAUUAUUGUUCGAAUAUAUCUCUUCAAAUCAGCUCCAUUGAGUAAUAGAAUCAAUCAAUUCCCCGUUGCCGUUAUUUCUUUGCAUUCGAUUCAGUCUUUCUAGUGGGGAGUUUCGGCCAGCUACAUUACUAGCCACGACGCCCAUGAGUC